GUCGCCGUUGUACGAAUACGUCAAUCAACGGCUGUGGUUUUUUCCAUUGCACUACUGAUACCUUCGGCGGCAGUGACUAACUGACGGCGAGUGUAUGAUCGCGAGACGAGUGUGACAACCUUUCAACUCCAUCAGUGUCGAGGCCAAACACCCACCAUGGCCUACUUUACUGCAUCCCACCCUGUCGUCGACAUUCACACACACAUGUACCCUCCCUCGUACAUCAAGCUGCUGUCCUCACGCACAACAGUCCCCUACAUUCACCAACCGUCCACCGCUGGCACUGAUCCCAGACUCAUAAUUCUGGCUUCCGACGACGAUGCUUCACGGCCCAAAUCAGCUCGUGGUCGUCCCGUCGACAGCACAUACUCUUCAUUUGACGAGAAACGGCGGUUCAUGACCACUCACGGCAUCACAUGCAGUGUCAUCAGUCUUGCAAAUCCCUGGCUCGAUUUUCUUGAUCCAGCUUCAGCUCUUCCAACCGCACAAGAGAUCAACGACGACCUUGAGAGAGCUUGUGCCGAGAACAACACCUCUUCAGCCCAUGCCGGCAUCAAGCUAUAUGCUUUCGGCUGUCUCCCGCUAUCCGCGUCAGCGAAGGACAUCGUCAGCGAAAUCCACCGGCUCAAGUCACUACCGCACGUCAAGGGCGUGAUAAUGGGCACGACUGGUCUCGGCAACGGUCUAGACGACCCGGCUCUGGACGAAAUAUACGCCGCAUUGGCGAGCACAUCGACUCUUGUCUUCUUACACCCCCACUAUGGCUUACCGGACUCUGCAUUCGGCGGUCCUGAAGUCAUCGCAAAAUCUGGCCACGUGCUACCCUUAGCAUUGGGAUUUCCCCUCGAGACCACCAUUGCAGUUUCUCGAAUGUACCUCUCUGGUGUCUUUGACCGACAUCCUCAAGUUGAAUUCCUCCUGGCACAUUCGGGCGGGACGUUACCGUUCCUGGCCGGCCGGAUUGAAUCUUGCGUCGCACACGAGCGAGAAUUUGUGGCUAAUGGCGGUCACAAGCAAGGUCCGCAACGAUCCAUCUGGGAGGUGCUACACUCAAACAUCUACCUUGAUGCUGUCAUCUACGGACAGCCUGGACUGAAAGCUGCUAUCGAGGCUGCUGGGAGCGUAGAUCGAGUGAUGUUUGGCACAGAUCAUCCCUUCUUCCCGCCUUUGGAGAAUGAAGACGAGAAGUGGCUCAGCGUGGAAAGCAACAAAGGCGCAAUCGAUGGAUGUUACCCUCAAGACGCUGAAGCAAAGAAGAAAAUAUUGGGUGGCAACGCCGUUAGAGUGCUUGGUCUGGAGUUAUGACAAGCUAUGAGUAUGAGACAGGAAUGACUCUACUUUACCUAGGGACAUUCACGAAUAGC